AUGUCCGACGCAGACGGCGGAAAGAAGCCACCUGUGGAGCCGCAGGCGGGGCCGGGGCCGGGGCCCGCAGCCAGGGAAAGGGGCCUGCAGGGCCCCUUCCCUGUGGUCCUGAAGAAGCUUAUGGAGAACCCCCCGCGCGAGGCGCGCCUACAUAAGGAAAAGGGGAAGGAAAAGCUGGAGGAAGACGAGGCUGCAGCAGCCAGCACCAUGGCGGUCUCUGCCUCCCUCAUGCCACCCAUCUGGGACAAGACCAUCCAAUAUGAUGGCGAGUCUUUCCACCUGGAGUACAUGGACCUGGAUGAGUUCCUGCUGGAGAAUGGCAUCCCUGCCAGCCCCACCCACCUGGCCCAGAACCUGCUGCUGCCUGUGGCUGAGCUAGAAAGGAAGGAGUCGGCCAGCUCCUCCACGGCGUCCCCACCAUCCUCCUCCACCGCUGUCUUUCACCCCUCGGAAACCGUGUCUAGCACAGAAUCCUCCCUGGAAAAGGAGAGGGAGACACCCAGUCCCAUCGACCCCAACUGCGUGGAGGUGGAUGUGAACUUCAAUCCCGACCCUGCCGACCUGGUCCUCUCCAGUGUGCCGGGCGGGGAGCUGUUCAAGCCUUGGAAGCACAGGUUUGCAGAGGAGGACCUGAAGCCCCAGCCCGUGAUCAAAAAGGCCAAGAAGGUCUCUGUCCCCGACGAGCAGAAGGGCGGAAAGUACUGGACGAGACGCAAGAAGAACAACGCGGCAGCCAAGCGGUCCUGGGACGCCCGGCGCCUGAAGAAGAACCAGAUCACCAUCCGGGCGGCCUUCCUGGAGGAGGAGAACACAGCCCUGCGGACGGAGGUGGCGGAGCUGCACAAGAAGGUGGGCAAGUGCAAGACCAUCAUGUCCAAGUACGAGACCAAGUACGGGCCCUUGUAA